AUGAGUGUGCGUUACUUCAACAAUCCCUACACUGAUGUGAUUGAUCCAAAUCAACCAUUGGCAUUCGGACCGGCUUUAGCACUAGAUCGUGCAGUUGAAUGUCUACAAAACAGUUUAGCGCACGUACCACCAACUCCUCGAAACUACGAAGGCGGUCUUUACACCGGUUAUAUAGGGCUUGCUUGGGCUUCGCUAAUCGUGUUGCAGAAGCAUAAAAAUGAAAUACCACAAGACGCACGUCAGUUUCUGCUGUCCAAAGCACACGAGCUUGUAAACGCCGCCGUAUCUCAUGUAUCGGGAAUGAGGAAGCAAACAACCACGAAGGAGGACCAUCUAUCCAUGCUUUUGGGUGCUGGUGGGGUUUGGAUGACGGCUGCGAUGCUCUAUCAUUAUGUAGGGGAACAAGAAAAUCGAGACCGUUAUUUGAAAAUCUACGCGGAUCUGGCGGUGGAGUUUAAAACAAACAUCGUCUUCUCUUGCGGCUCUGAUGAGUUUUUUAUCGGUCGUGCUGGUUAUCUGGCCGGUAUCGCAAUGCUUCGUUCGUGGACCGGCGAGGUAGGUUCAGCAUCGGUGGUGUGUAUGUUUCUGCGCUUCCCUUCGACAGCAUUCCUACAUUUCAUUUUCCUCCUGUCUUUCUUCUUUUCUGUCUUUUGGCACUACUUUAUCAUACUCCGGUUUAAAAAAUAUUUUCCUUGGUCCAAUCCAUCUGACUGA